UUGUGCAGUAUAUUUAUUGUAAUAGUGCGUGUAUAGUAUAAUAAUAGUAGUUAGAAGCAGAGAUAUAUUUAUUUAUCUAUAUUUAAUAACACGUAGAAAAUAUGAAGUCGAAAACGACCUCAAAACCCAAAGGUGACAGUAGUGAUUUGGACCCUAGUGAAAUAAACGAGAGUUACGAUGAGUUCAACGCGAUAAUGUUGCCGAUAUCGAGAACAAUGAGCAAAAGUCCGUCAAGUGAUGAAGGCAUUGAACCGGAUUCAGAUCUCAAGUCAUUGCAUCAAGUUCCCGGGCCGUGGAGCUUGGAUUCUUCAUUGAGCAAUGCUGAUGAUGAUUGCUGUAGACGUGAUUCCAAUAACAGUACCAACAGCUCGGGGCAAAGACGUAAAUCGCGAGCCAAAGUUACACGUUGCUGUAGCUCUGAUAGUGCUGUUAUCAGCGAUGAUGAUCAGAAUAAAGGAUGGGAUAACUUGAUACUUGGAGAUAGAAGCGAGUGCGACUCGAUGACGGACGAGAAGCCGAGAUAUUGGCGAACACCGAGUGUCGUUGUCAGUGAUUACUCAGAUUACUCUUACCUAGACGAAAAGUUUGAGCGUAAUGAGUUGUAUGUUGAGGGAGGCACGAGUGGUACACCUAGUCAGGCGAGCAGUUGUUCUUGUUUAGAUUGCGAUGAAAUACGUGAAUUUAAUGAUGAUUUACAUUCGUCUGCUAUUGACAAUCAUCUUCUACAAGUAUGCGGUCUCAGGCGGCACUCUGAUUCGUGUUGUGCGUGCUUGAGCAAUCGUAAUAAUAUCAAUUCCCGCAUUAGUAAUGAGAGCCGAAGACAUUCAUGCCUCGCUGUUAAUAAUUCUUCUCACUUAUUUAAACUGGACACUACUGUGAGCUGUACCGAAGAACGAGGAUACGAUAUUACUGAAGGAAAUAAAACGACAAUUGAACUUCUAGAUAUCCCGCCGAUACGUAAAAUCUCGGACUGCUCAACAAACUCGAGUCUGAGUGGGGACGACUUUGAGGUCACCGAACUGCAACCGUUAAAGAGGCCACAGAGUUCUGGAUGGAGGAAGCUUAGGAAUAUUGUACAGUGGACUCCGUUCUUUCAGACCUACAAAAAACAUCGUUAUCCAUGGAUACAAUUAGGAGGACACCAAGGGAACUUUCGAGCUGGUCCAACUCCUGGGACAAUUCUAAAAAAAUUAUGCCCACAAGAGGAAGCUUGUUUCCGUUUACUAAUGAAUGACGUACUGAGACCGUACGUGCCUGAGUUCAAAGGUGUGCUAGACGUAAGAGAAGAAGAGGGACACCAGAAUGAAGAAUCAGACGUAAAGAGUGUCGAUGACUCUAGUUGCUGCAAGAGUAGUUCGAUAGUGACGUCGUAUUUGCAAUUGCAAGACCUGCUGGGGGACUUUGAGCAGCCUUGUGUGAUGGACUGUAAAGUUGGAGUGAGGACAUACUUGGAGUCGGAGCUGGCGAAAGCAAAAGAGCGACCGAAAUUAAGGAAAGACAUGUAUGAGAAAAUGAUCCAAGUAGAUCCGUCGGCACCGAGUUUGGAGGAGAAAAAAAUGCAGGGUGUCACCAAGCCGAGAUAUAUGGUGUGGCGCGAGACGAUAUCGAGCACAGCCACCCUUGGAUUCCGAGUCGAAGGCAUUAAACUUAGUCACGGUGGUUCAACCAAGGAUUUCAAGACAACAAGAACUCGUGAACAAGUUACAGAAGCCCUGAAACGUUUUGUUGAAAAUUAUCCGCAUGCUGUUCCUAAGUAUUUGCAACGUCUCAAGGCUAUAAGAGCGACCUUAAAAACUUCACCUUUCUUCGCAACACAUGAAAUUGUCGGCUCAAGUCUUCUUUUUGUUCAUGAUUCGAAAAACGCUGGGGUAUGGAUGAUUGAUUUUGCCAAGACACUGCCUCUGCCUCCGCACGUGCCUAGGAUCCAGCAUGACGCUGAAUGGCAAGUUGGCAAUCACGAGGACGGAUAUUUAAUCGGUGUUAAUAAUUUGAUUGAUAUUUUUGAGGAUAUUAAAAAUUUGGAUCAAUCAUAAGAGUAAUUAAUUAAUGUUAAUUAAUAAUUAUUAGCUUUGUUUAAAUGUUGACAAGAGAUACUUGAAAUGAAUAUUAAGUAAAAAACAAUAACUCGAGGCUUGCAAAAGUAUAAAAGUGUAUUAUAAUUACGUGUGACAUCAAUUGUUAUCAUUUAAUGUUUUUGUGUUUAUUAAAUGAUAAUACUUAGCGAUAUGAAGAGUAUACGUAAACUCAGUAGUUCGAUAGACCAGUAAUUAUGAUUACGGAAAUUUUAUUUAAAAGUGAGAUUCAUGAGAUUAAACAAAAAAAUAAUUCAGUGAAUGAAUAAUUAAACGGGAUUUCAAGUUUCUCCUUCAAAAAUAAUAUCAAUGUGACCUUAUUAAUUAACACUGUCGAGCGGAUCUUGAUAUUUUUUAAAAAAUUACAGAGGUCCGAAUGAACAGAUGAGAGACCAAAGACGCGGUAGUUUUAUGGCUACCUAGUAAUUUUUUUUUUCUUCAUAAUAAAAUAGUAGCUUCACAAACGACGUUACAGUAAAGCAAUCAUUUUUUUGCUAAGAUAAAUUUUUAUACAAUGUAUCUACUAUUAGUUGAUAGAGUCAACUCUGUUGUUAAAGUUCUUGGUUUUUUUUUUUUUUUUUUUUUUAAAUAAAUUAAUAAUAAAGCAACACAAAAAUAAAGAAAUAAAAAUAAUAAUUAUAAUUAAUAUAAUAAUAAUAAAUUUCAACAAUCUCUUUUUUACUAAGAGUGUAAUAGUUAAUUUAAUAAACUAUUUAUACGUAAGAUUUUAUUUAUACUUUUGAAAUAAUAUUGCGAAAUCGUCUCUGACCCGAGCGAUAAAGUAUAUUUUAUAUUCACACAAUGUACCACACACAUUUGUAAAUAAAUUUUUUCAUUUGUCAUAUUUAAAAAAAAA